AAAAAAUGAUGUUUAGAAAAUUCUGAAUCCAGAACACCUUCCGCUCUGCUUUUAGAAAACCAGUCCUUUUCCGUCCAUUCUGUACAAAAUACACUGAAGAUGAGGGAUCCUUCUACUAUACCGAAGGAGAUACCAUCACAGUGACAGACACUAUGCCAAAAUAUGGAGGAAGCUUGGUAAUCGUGCCUACUCCUAUUGGAAAUCUCAAAGAUAUGUCUCUCAGACAGUAUGAAGCACUUACAUCUGCUGACAUCAUCGCCUGCGAAGAUACCAGAACCACCGGUAAACUCCUUGAGCUUAUCAAAGAAAGAAAAAUACAGGAACUCUUCAGGACAAACCUUGGUGCUAAAUUCGACAAUGAUCCUUCAGACACUAUCUUUGAUGAUAUUCGUGACACUAAAAGUAAGCAAUACCAGACUGAAGAAUUUCAAGAAUCAAUGACUCCCGAAGAAGAAAUCGUCCAGCCUGAACAACCUAAAACAGAGUAUUAUAGGAUAAAAACACACGAUAUCACAGGUCUUGACGAGAAAUAUGAAAAAGCAGUUGCUUCUAAAACUUGGUGGCCUGUUGAAGAUACCCAAAACCAAGCUGAACAGUACCUCUCCUCUCAGCAACCCCUUAGCCUCGAAGAAAAGGAAGAGUAUAUCCCUAAACUUGAAGGCACAAAUCCAAAUCGCAAUCUUUCCAAAGAGAAAAGAGAUAAAUUUGAAGAACAAGAGGUCAGAGCCAUCCAGAAAUACAUAAAAGAUAAAAUAAGACUCACUGACACCGGAGUCAAGCUUGAUGAUCAAGGAAAGAGAAUGCUCACAGUUCUCCAAAAAGAAUUGGAGAUGAACACUUUCUCAAAUUUCAAUACUUUUAUUGAGAAUCCUCAAGAAUUUGACGAGAAAUUAGCCAAAGAAGUAGAGAAGGAGUUUUACAAGAAGGUUGAAGAUAGUGUUGAUUAUGAAAAUCGUAAAAAUAUGAUCCUCCAAAUCUCAGAUCGUCUUCGUCAGAAAAUCAAAGCUAAAGUUCAAGAAGAACUUAUCUUAAAAUCCAAUAGACUUGAUUCAAUGAAGGGUAUGACCUGGAAGCAAUAUAAAGCAUCUGGAAAGGAACAGGAUCUUAAUGAGCCUUUUAUGGGCCAAGAUGACCAUUAUUCACAAUGGGACACAGAAUCCGGAGAUAAUGAUUCUGACGAUUUUGAAGAUGAGUACAAUUAUGGUCUGGAAAGUGAAUUCACUCAAGCCUCUAAAAGUCAAUUUGAUAAAAUUAAAGCACAGAAAGGAAGAGGUAUGUUAAUCUCUCUGUAUGAGCAUAAUGAGGAUGCAAGAAUUCCAAGAAUAAUUCGAGCAAUGAAAUUUGGAAUGAAAGUAGCAUUAGUGAGUGAAGCAGGUACUCCAACAAUCUCAGACCCAGGAUACCGUCUAGUAAACGAGUGCUAUAACAAAGGUAUCUCCAUAGAGUCUCUUCCAGGUCCAUCUGCAAGCCUCGUAGCCGCAGCAGCUUCAGGUCUAAUCACAGAUCGGUUCAUCUUUGAAGGUUAUCUGAGUAAAACUCAAGGAAGGAGGAUAAAUACUUUGAAAUAUCUUAAUUCUACAGGAGCAGCAGCUAUCAUAUUCGAAAACCCAAAGCGAAUCCAGAGGACCCUCAACGAUAUCAUGGCAACCUAUGGCCCUGAAACCCUAGUCUACAUCGGUACUGAACUUACCAAAAUGUAUGAAAAGAACCUCAGAGGAACAGUUGACUACCUCCUUGAGAAAUACGAAGACGAAGAAAUCAACCUCAAAGGAGAAGCAACAAUGGUCAUCCAAGGAAAAAGGAUCAACGACAAGGACAUGGAACUCAAAGCCAAAAUGGGAGAUCUUAAUAGAGAAAUUAAUGUAAUUGAUGCGAUCAGCCACAUAAAGAGGAUUGCAGGCUUAUCUGAGAAGCAGCUUCGAAAAAUAAUGAAACAUUCCUUCCACCUUAAUAAACAUGAGACAAAGGAGGUCUUAUACAGAUUUAUUCAUAAAAAGAAACAACCAUAUGAGAAUCUGAAUGUAUAUAUGGGAAAGAAUAAAAGAUUGCCUGAUAAGUUUUAUGAUAUGGUUAGAGAAGUUGCAAAUCAGAAAUAAAUUACCAAAGAAAUUAAAAUU